AGAAAAAUAACUGAAGGAAAAAAAAAAAAUUGAGGUGUGUGGUUUAAUAUGGCAUUGCUCGGGAAAUGGUGGGGGAAAUGGUGGGGGAGAUUAAUAGGGGGAGAUAAGGGUUUGUGGUCUAGGGUGCUGUUAGAAAAAUAUGGUGGCAAGGGAGGAAAUUGGUUAUCAUGGAUGAAAGAGGGGGAUGGGAAGAGUGUCAGGUUCUGGUUAGAUGUAUGGGUGGGUGAGGAUUCUUUAGCUAAUGUUUUUCGGAGACUGUUUUUGUUGGACACAGACAAAAACUGUAGCAUCUAUGAUCGAGGUCAUUGGUCUGAUGGAUGCUGGUACUGGAGAUUCCAAUGGAGAAGAUCAAUUAGAGCAUGGGAGGAGGAAAAACUACAACAAUUGAUUGGGACCAUAAAUCACAUAAAACCAGUGCAGAAUGUGAAAGACACUUGGAGAUGGAGGCCUGACAAUGAAGGAAAAUACACCACAAGGUUAGCUUACGAGCAGUUGGCAAAGAAAGAGGAAAGUACACUAAUGGAGUAUAGAAAUAUAUGGAGUGCGCAAGUCCCUUCAAAAGUGAGUGCUUUUUCAUGGCAAAUGCUUCUAGACAAAAUUCCCACAAAGGUCAACUUGGCAAAGCGGGGCAUUAUGGAUGUCAACCAAGGUAUAAAAUGUUUUUGGUGUGAUUAGUUCCCUGAACAUAUAGAUCAUCUUUUUUGUGUCAUGCAAUAUCUCAUUCAAAUUAUGGUCUAAAUGUCUAAAUUGGUGGGGAUUAUGUUGUGUUCUUGGGAAUACUUGUCUUGAUGUUUUCAACCAGCACAGUUGGCAUAAGGGCUCAAAAAUUAUGAAAAAAGGCUGGAAUAUGUUAUGGUUCACAAUAGUAUGGUCAUUGUGGUUGAGUAGAAAUGAAACAGCCUUUCAACACAAGAAGGUAAAUGAGGACAAGCUAUUUGAACCUGUACAAACCCGCUCAUUUCAUUGGGUUAGAACUCUGUUGAAAGUAGAAAAUUUUUCUUUCAUAGAAUGGAUUACCAACCCAGUGAGUUGCUUGACAAAUAGGAAGUAGAGUGUAGAUAGGGAGUUGAAUUCCAGGUUUCUUGUUUUGGGAAUACCUUGUGAUUUUGUUGUUUGACCCACUUCCUGGUUGUAACUUUGUAUAUUGAUGUUAAUGGGUUUGUGUACCUCUUGUACUCACAUAAUAAACUUCUUUUUGCUUU